CCGACCCCGAGGCCGAGAUCCCAGCCCGCCCGCCGCGCCGGCGCAGUCCGGGGCCCUCCCUCUGCCCCCGCGUGUCCGAAUCCGGCGGCGUUUUGCCUCCCCGCCCGCCCCCGGCCCGCGCGGCCGGCGCAGCGUUGGACGCCGCGCCAUGGGGUCGGUGUCCCUGAACGUGGCGUCCUCCCGGCGCGGCGGCCGGCGCGGCUUGGCUUGCCUCUGCUCCCCCGCGCUGCUCAACCUCCUCGUCCUCCUCUCCCUCCUCUCCACCAACCUCCUCGCGCUCCUCGCCUUCCUCUCCCCGCGCGCCCACCCCCUUCCCGCCGCCGCCACCGCCAACCUCUCCGCCUCCGCCAUCUCCAUGCAGGUGGCCGCCAUCGCGCGGGAGAUCGACGCCACCCACCUCGUCCCGCACCGCGCGGCGGCGGACGGCGCCGCCCUGCCCCCGGAGCUGCUCCUCUUCCUCUCCCCGCACGCGCUCCCGCUCGGCCGCGACGCGCGCACGGGGCUCACCCACAUGCCGGCCUCCGUCGCGCACGCCUGCUUCCGCUCCCCGUCCACGCUCGCGCUACUGUCGGCCUUCGCCUCCUACGAGCCGCGCGGUGUCUGCCCGCGCAACGCCACCCUGCCGCACCGCCUCCUCUCCAAGGGCUGCGAGCCGCUGCCCCGCCGCCGGUGCCUCUCCCGGGGUCCCCGCGCGCCGCUCCCUUCCUCCAACAUGGGCGUCGACAGCCGCCGCUGGGUGAAACCGCGCCACGACCACGAGUUCCUCAUCGACGACGUCCUGCGGCUCGGCGGCGCCGCCUCCACUAAGAUCCGGAUCGGCUUCGACGUCGCCGGCGGCGCCGCCAACUUCGCCGCCCGGAUGAGGGAGCGCGGGGUGACCGUCGUCACCACCGUGCUCGACAACGCCGGGAAGCCCAUGAACGAGUUCGUGGCGGCGAGGGGCCUGUUCCCGCUGCUGCUCUCGCCGGCGCACCGGUUCCCCUUCUACGACGGGGUGUUCGACCUCGUGCACGUCGGGACCACCGCGUUGGACGAAGGCGGGGCGCCGGCGCUGGGGCAGGCGGGGACGGAGGAGGCACUGGAAUUCUUCAUGUUCGAUGUCGACAGGGUGCUGCGCGUCGGUGGGCUGCUCUGGGUUGACAGCUACAUGUGCCACAGCGAGGAACGGAUGAAGGUGGUUGUGAGGCUCAUUGGCAGGUUUGGUUACAAGAAGCUGAAGUGGGUUACAGGAGAGAAGGCUGGCACAGGGAGCACAAAGACGGCAAUGUAUCUCUCUGCGGUUUUGCAAAAGCCGGCACGGGGUUGAAAUCGAAUGGAUGGAUGGAUUAUUUGUUUUCUUCUUGAUCUGAGUGGGUUCUAGAUGGAACUUGAAGUUUUGAAGAUGGGGUUAAAGAUCUGCCAUGUGCAAACUCAGUUGGGUAGCUUACUCUUAUCCAAUUGUUUAAUUCCAGAAGAAGCAUGCAUGGAACAACCCAAGUUUUGAUUAUAGUAGAUAGCUACUGCUUCUACUUUUAGUGGUAUACUUGUUGAAUUGGUAGAUAUAUAUGUGGAUAACUGAAUGCGUGUUAUAGGAUUAUGUGGUGUUGUGAAAUUGUUUGCACACUGCACCUGGUAAUCUACAAUGGCAGUGUGCUUAAACACAUUAAGCUCGUGAAAUAGACUCUGUAAUCACUGUUUCUUUUAGGAUCAAUAUGGAAGUCUUCUGUAGCACUGAGAGAAAAAUUGUACUCUGUUUCUUAUGGCAAAUUUCACAGAACAUAGAGCCCAAUAUGUUGAAAGAGAAAUCUAUCAGGUUUCGUUAUA